CCAGGCUCUUUGUUUGUUUACUCAUGAGUGUGGUUUAUAAUAUUAGCUUCUUCAUUCAAAUCGUCGUCUCUCAGUCUCACAAUGUCAAUAGAGCUCAAACUUUCCCGUGCAAGUCGUAUCUAUCACCCUUCGGAACCUCUGGAGGGAAAAAUCAUAGUAAAAUCUUCUUCUUCCAUUUCUCACUAUGGUGUUCGUCUCACUGUCAAUGGAUCCGUCAAUUUGCAGAUUCGUGGAGGAUCGGCUGGAAUUAUUGAGUCCUUAUAUGGUGUUGUCAAGCCUAUCUCCAUUUUAAAUAAGAGUACAGAGGUUAGACCUUCCGGGAAGAUUGGUUUGGGUACAACAGAGAUACCAUUUUCCAUGUUUUUGAGACAGCCAGGAAAAGACAACCUAGAAAGAUUUUAUGAGACCUUCCAUGGAGCCAAUAUCAGUGCUCAGUAUCUGGUAACUGUAGAUAUAAUAAGAGGAUACCUACAUAAAACAUUAUCUGCAACAGUGGAGUUCAUAGUCGAAAGUGAUAAAGAUGAUCUUCUCAAGCGACCAGUUUCUCCUGAAAUGGUUAUCUUUUAUAUUACUCAAGACACACAAAGACAUCCACUACUUCUUGAAUUAAAAUCAGGUGGAUUCAGGGUGACAGGAAAGAUGUCCACUCAAUGUUCUUUAUCAGAUCCCAUCACUGGUGAAGUAGCUGUAGAAGCAUCUGCAGUUCCCAUUUACUCCAUUGACAUUCAUUUGCUCCGUGUAGAGUCAAUUCUUCUUGGGGAGAAAAUUGUAACUGAAACAUCUCUGAUUCAGAGUACCCAGAUGGAGAUGUCUGUCAUAAUAUGACUCUGCCCAUCUAUGUUAUACUUCCUCGCCUUUUGACUUGUCCAACAAUCUUAGCUGGGUGAGUUACUACUUGCUAGUUAUAAGUAAUUGUUCUCAAAUCUUAUCUGAAUACAUUUUUGUAAGUGCAUUUUUUUUAACAAGUUUUUGGCCCCAAGGGGAGAGGAAAUUUGUUAUAGCAAAAGCCAAUUAUAUAGCCCUUCUAAGUGUGAUUACAAAUUGAGCUGAAUGAAAAAUUCAUUUCCACUAAUUUUGUCAAAGCGAGCAUUAGCAUCUUGGCUUUUCUUUUAUGAAGAAAUACUUUUCCAUGAACAAAUGGCAAUUGAGUAUGAAUAUGACACAUGCCAAGACUAUAAGGCUUUGGGG